AUGGACCACCGCCAUGUCUUCCUCGUCUCGCUGGCUCUUCUCCUCGUCGCCACCACGCACGCCGCCGGAGGCCAUGCUACUCAAGCCGCCGCCGCCGCUGCCAUGACCCAGCAGGGCACUGAUGGUGUCGUCGGGAGCAUGAUCGGGUCGGAACCGCCGAGCUGCAAGGGGAUGUGCGGCUGGUGGUGCGUGGGCCGCAGCUGCGGGGCCGUGCUGGUCCCCAUCGAGCCGCCGCAGGACAACAAGCAGAGCCGCCGUCAUGGGAGCGAUGGCGGCGGCGACGGUUCAAGAGCAUCGGCGGCGGCGGCUCAGAAUCAUCGGCGGCCAUCGUCGUACGACGACGAUGACCACGCCGACUACAAACCGAUCACCUGGAGAUGCAAGUGUGUGGGGGCUAGCUGA